AUGGCAGUCCACGCCGCCGAGCCCAAGGGCAUCCACACGCCGAGCGCCGACCCCGCCGGCAGUGGCACACGACCGGCCGGAUUGGAUGUUCCCGCCGGGGGCGCGGCCGGCAGACCCGCAGCCAGCUCGACGGAGGUUCCCGGCACGACGACCACCCCCAGAACGACGACGCCGACGGGAGCCCGGUCGAGAUCCAAGACGGCGGCGGGCUUCAGGGAGCACCUCAGCGACGAUAGGAUCGCCAAGAUCGAGCUCAAUAUGUCCGACGACUACCGCCGGCAUAAGAAGGCCAUGCACCGCCCUGGGGCCAGGGCGGUCGACGAGCCGCCGAAGUCGAUCAGGCACCUCCUCAAGCCGACGCUCAUCGACGUCAUCGAGGAGGAGAACCAGGAUCGACGUGGGAUCGACGGCCAUAAGCCUAAGCCGCCGCCGAUUUCGGCGCCCACAUAUUGUGCAUAUUGGUAUGUUUCGACGCUGCCCGCCAACACACGCGGCGCCAGGAUUCCGUGGCAAAGCCAGGAAGCCGGUCGCCGUGUGGUCGGGUGGUGCUCGCAUCCAUAUACCUCGCCGUAUUGUCCUCACUUCGGCGAUCUGCACGACGUGGACCAGCCUGGCCUUGGCCGCUGUCUGCGACCCGUCGUGAUGGACAACGGCCGUGAUCACGUCGGCCAUGAGUGCGCCGCAUGCCACGGCAUGAUCGGAUUGGAGCCCGACGUUGCCGUCAUUCAUCUUCUCCCCGACGACCUCGUCGUCGCCAGAGCGUCCCCGACGCAGCAACCUCAAGCACGACCCCAAGCCAUCAUGGACUCCACGGCAACGACGCCAGGCACAGCCAGGACAGUCGCCGACUUCUUUCGCGACGUCGCUUCGGCGGGCGGCUCGGCCUACGUGGCGACCUUGGCCAGGUUCGGCGCCAUCAACACGCCGGCAGUGAGAGAGUUCUUCGCCGUACUCCUGGAGAACGGCGUGCCGGAGGGACUGUUGCUCCAGAUCUUGGCGCCGGUCCCGCCGCAGCCGACAGAGCCACCAGCGGCACGGCGGCCCAGGCACGACGUGCCGACCAGACGGGCCAUGCCACGAGGGCGACGCCAGGAGACGCUCGCCGCAAUCGACGCCAAUCUGUUGGCAUCCUCUACUCGUCGGGCCAUGGAGUCACGGGUGAGGACCGUGACCUCCCUGGCGGAGAGAGGUCUAUUCAACCUCUUCCCCCUCGACGCCACCAAGCUCCACACCAUCGCCGGGGCCAUGCGCAUCGCCGGCUACAGAUCCACAGGGCUGUAUCUCGACGCGGUGGUGUGGCACCAAGAGAACACACUUCACAUGCCGGUCCCGCCGGAACUUCGACGUGUGGUGAAGACCUUGACCAAGGCGGCGGCGAGGGGCCUGUCGGGAUCCAGGCUCAAGCAGGCCUUCGACCUCGACGAACUCGCCAAGCUGGUCGACGCCACAGCGCCGUUCACCGCCUUCAACGUCGGCCUGGUGACACACGCGGUCGACGUUAUUAUCGUCGCCACGUGGUUCAUGUUGAGGGAAGUGGAGCUAGCGGCGGCCAGGGUCAAGGACCUGGUGGUGACGCUGGCGGCGGUGUCACUCGACAUACCGCUGCACAAAACGGCGCAGGGGGGUCAGACCGACUUGACUCGUCGGACCUUCCGGUGCGUCUGCACCACGACGGCCCAUCCCCUGUGCCCGAGAUGCGCCGCACAUCGCCAUCUUCGACGGAUCCAGGCAUCAGCCGCGGCAUCGCCCGCCGACUUCCUCUUCCCGACACGGCCGUCGGCGCAAAGAUCCAAAGCGGAGUCCGCCGAGAUGUUCCGGAUGGUGCUCGACGCCGCCGGGUUCGAGACAGUGUACCUCGACGACCAAGGCAAGCGAAGCCUGAUAUUCGGCGGUCACGCCGCCCGGGUGGCUGGAGCGACCUUCCUAGCCAUGCGGGGGGUGCCGGUCGCCGUGAUCCAGCUCCUUGGCCGCUGGGCGUCGACCGCCGUGGAGAGAUACGUUCAACAGGCACCCCUCGCCGUGGCAGCCGGCGUACCAGCCCAGGCCUUGGCCGCGACGAGCUCGGCCACACCGACGACAGCCCCACUGGCAACGUCGUCUCAGCCGGCAGCCAUCCUCGACUCAACGCCGGCCGGCAGGUGUGCAGGGCACGCAGCUGGGGCGGUGCCGGAGCCACACCCGGCCAUCCCGGACGUCGACUUUGCGGCCGAGGUGCCCGGCGUCGAGUUUGUGCCGGAGCCGGUCAGGAUGCCAAUCGACGACGUGGUCGGCGAGUCGGCGCCCCGGUAUGUCAUGAACUGCCGCACCAAGAUGGUGCACACGCGAGGGGUCGACGAGACGACGACAGAGAGGUCCGACCGGCAGGCCCGGUGCGGCUGGCCAUACGGCGUACGACAGUUCUUUCGCCUGGCCGAGUUACCGCCGGAGCCGGCACUGUGCCGCAAGUGCUUCCCGACGGAAACAGUCGACGUCGAGGCACCAGAGGCGGUCGACUCGUCGUCGAGUUCAUCGUCCUCCACUAGCGGAGUCACGGGGUCGCCGGCAAUCGCCGUGGUCCUCCCCACCGACCAGACCAUUCACUCGACGUCGACGCUACCGCCGCCAGCCAUGGCGCUCCCCACGGUGGCGGCCUCGAUGGUGCAGCUCGACGACCUCCUCGCGGCGGCCGGCGCCAACGACAGCAUCAAGGACUACAUCAAGGCGCGCAAGAUUACCACGACGCCGACCCUGGCCCUGAUCGCCAAGGAUGUGGAGAGGUUCACGACGCACAUCAUACACCCCUACAUCGCCGGGACCCGCAUCGACGGCACCGACCACAAGGUGGAGGACGGGCAAGACGACGUGGCAACGGCGGUGAUGACCCAUCUCUUCGUCGAGGCCACCCGACAGUGGACCGCGGCAGCCGCGUCGCCAGUCCCGACACCAGCGGCCACGCCGGCCCUUCCUGCGGCACCAGCCUCGACAGCCACGCCGGCCAUCCCCGACAGACCACCGAAGACCUUCUCGGCGUGGAACCAACAGGUCAACAUCUUCGAGGAGCGACGCCUCGACGGGAAGCGCCGGACCUGCCCGGCUCAUGA